CGCACUUUUGUUUGAAUCGCAGAUUAUUUUCAGUAUUGGACGCAUGCAAUCUACAUACAUCAGCUCCACAAUGAGAAUAAUCUACUUCAUAGCCCUGGAAACAGUUUUAGUGACGCUAAGCCAACAGCGGGCAACCCAACAUUCAACUGACUGCAAGCCCUGCCUCUGUAAACAACGCUAUGCUGACUGCUCAAGCAGGAUUCUCACAGCUGUUCCUCAGCAUUUGCAAACUAAUAUUACACAUCUCAGUCUGAGGAAUAAUUCACUGGAGGAAAUUAAAAAUGGGAGUUUCAUCCACUAUCCUGGCUUGACUGACCUGAAUUUGGAGGACAACAAACUAAGUCUCUCUUCAAAUGUUUACAGUCCUUGUGCGUUUUGUGGACUGGUACAGCUACGUGUUCUCAGACUCAGCGGCAACUGUGAUUCUGCCUUAAAUACAACAUUAAGCUAUUCCUAUCCUGAUGAAUCGUUUAGGCAACUGAAAUCAUUGGAAGAGCUGUACAUUGAUGGAAUACCCGAAACCCGGAUGGGAACUGCCUUCAGAGAGCUGACAAAUCUGACCUCACUGAUAUAUACGGGUCACUGUAACCUUUUGUAUAUACAAGAACACAUGUUUGUCACAACACCGAAUCUUCAGUUACUGAACUUAAUAUCAAGGUGUCAUAUUUACGACAUCCACAUCUCCACUGAAGAACAUUCACACCAUAGAUGUAUCCGGAAACACUGGUUUGAGUCUUCCAAACGCAACCAAUUCUACUUAUGGGAUGAUUGGAACUAAAAUAAAAGUUUUCAAGAUGAACAAAGUUGUUCCGCCCUUCACGAUUGGCGUGGUUGCAAAAAAAACAUUUUUCAAAUAUUUGAGAAACACAUCAAUUCAAGAGCUUCAUGUUGGACACAAUUUCAUAGAGAUAUUGGAGGGAGGUAUUUUUGACUUUUAC